AUGGAAAGAUUUAGUGUGCUUUUGCUCUGUGUUGUUAUAGUGGAUAAAGUCUUCAGUAUGGACUUAAGGAGCAAAAGGCAGACGGAAGAUGCUGAUGAUGAUUUAGACAAUAGAUAUGGUUGGAACUGGCAACCAGCGUUUGGAAGGAGACAGCCUCAAUGGACAAUGCAGUAUCCCAACCCAAGGUUUCAAGGGCAAUGGCUUUAUCCUAGACAGUAUCCUGACCAAACUAUUUUCUUCGGUCAAGGUCAAUUUCCCGGUCAAGGACAAUUCCCUGGUCAAGUUCAGUUUCCUGGGCAAGGACAAUUUUCAGGUCAAGGACAGUUCCCCAAUCAAGGAUUUCCCGGCCAAGGACAAUUUCCUGGUCAAGGACGGUUUAAUGGUCAAGGCCAGUUUAAUAAUGGACAAGGGCAAAUUUUCGGUGAAGGGCGACUUCCCGGUCAAGGACAACAGACGACACAAAAUCCAAUUGAUGGAUCUACAACAUCAGCUGAGAACAACCCCACCGUACAGGAAUGCAUUAGAAAUUGCCCCGUGACGGCGGAAUAUAACCCAGUGUGCGGGUCUAAUGGCGUCACUUACCCCAAUCCUGGACGUCUCAUGUGUGCUCAAGGCUGUGGUGUCACUGUGAAUCUGCUUCGAUCGUCUCCCUGCCCGUCUACUACAACCGUUGCUCCUAGUUUAAGCUAA